AUACGUAAGAUGAGCUCAUCAUAUGCUUACACCAAACUCUUAUCUUUUACACUUUCUACUGUACUAAAUCAUUAAACUAACAAAAUUUUAGAAAGACACUUAAAUCUCUGAUGUCAAGACUUUUUUUCAGUUAAUGGAGUCAUCGUGUUCUUGUUCUUUAAGCUCUUCUUUAUCUCUUAAACCUCGCUUACUUACCACCUUAAGCACUACCAUUAACGUUAGUUGGAAGAUUAAACCUCGUUCAUUACAAGUUUCUGCUCAUUCUUACCACAAGUUCAUCGAUUUUGCUGUCCAUGAAACCAAACGGUACUCCGUUUUGGUCCCUUCUCCUCUCCAGCAGGAAAAGUAUAGUUCCAUGACUGCAAUGGAUGGAGUAACAGAGCUGAAAAUGCAGUCAUUUCAAGCUCCCAAGAUUAGAUUCCUACGGAGUUUAAGCAUCGAAAAUGAAGCAAUGCAGGUUUUGGAUUUUACUGUCUUUGCCAGACCAGAAUUUGAUGUACCCAUUUUCUGUGCAAACUUUUUUACUGCUGGCAGCAUGAACAUCAUUGUGCUGGACCUCAACCCCUUGUACAAUUGCAUUGCAAGGAGUGAUUACAAGGAAAAGUAUUAUAAAAGCUUAUUGCCAAUUGGUCUCAAGCAAGCAGAACUUUUUCCUUGGGGAGGGAAGCUCACUAGCGAGUCCUUACAAUUUUUCUCCCCGAUAGUAUUAUGGACCAAGUUCACUUCAAGCCAGAGUAGACAUGAUGAUUUAUAUUCUGCAUUCAUCGACUAUUACAAGGCAUGGCUUGAGCUUAUUGAACAAGCUGCAGAAGAGACGGAUGCAUCUCAAAUUAUAUGCAACCGUGAAGCACAACAUAAAUAUCUUGCAUGGAGAGCAGAGAAGGAUCCAGGCCAUGGAGUUUUGAAAAGGUUGAUCGGUGAAAGUCUAGCAAAGGAUGUGGUGAAGAACUUCCUCUUCAAUGGAUUGAAUGAACUAGGGAGCAAAGGAUUCUUGGAUUACUUUCCAGAAUACCGCUGCGAGAAUGGAAAUGUAAAUGAGAACCGCAGUAUCAUUGGGAAGUCGUAUGAGAAUCGUCCGUGGAAUGCAAACGGAGAAUUCGUCGGUAACAGUAUCGAAAUUUAGUUCAAUUUUCUAACUUUAAGUUGUCAACUUUUCUUUUUCUUCAUUCCACUUUCACUAGUUCCAUUCCGAAGCUAGAAAAGUUUGCAUUAUAUCUGUAGCCUUGGAAUUAUUGUGUAUCAAGUAUGUUGUGUGUUCAAUAAUAACCUCAUCUAUCUAGUUAGAUCUA